AUGACUCCACCAACUUCUAGCAUCACAAAACCCAAAAGACAAGAGUUAGAUGCGUUCAUUAGGGGCCGAAUUAUAGGUCAAUGGGAGAAGGACACUACAUAUGGAGAAAUCUCUAAAGCCCUUGACAUUCCGAAGAGCACUGUUGGAAAUGUAGUGAAAGCCUUCAGAGAUAAAGGUGUUUCCAAGCCCUUGACACGUCUAGGAAGGGAACCAAAGGUUACAAAGAGAACACAAUCUGUGAUGGUGCGCUCAUUUCGUAGUGAGCCAUUCGUGUCAAUUGCGGCUCAGCAUCAGAGAUUAGUCGAUGUGGGAAUCUCCAUCUGCAUGACUACAUUCCAGUUCUUUUUUAAGGAAAUGAAUACAACUGAGGUGGACAGACUAAAAAUUCCAAAAAAGAAAAUUCGAGCGACUCUGACUGGCUAG